AUGGCAAGAUUUUUUGCCGUACAUAUCGGCCAUAACCCAGGUGUUUACCUGACAUCGAUUGACUGUAAAAAUCAAAUUGAUGGUUUUGAAGGUAGCAUCUUCAUGACUUUUUCUGAGGAAGCGGCAGCUAAAGAGUUUGUUAAGACAGGAAAUGCUGAAUUUUUGGUCAGUCAGGAAGGUGGGACAAAAGCUGUGUUUUCAAUAGACACCAAUAGCCUGUUUGACCUCUUUGAAGAUAACGAUUCCAGUCAACAAAGUGAGAUAAAGAUGGAAACAGCCAAAAAUGAGAAGACAGACUGUUCAGUUCAAAAGGUCAAAGUGUCAGGCAACAAAUGUGACUCAAUGCUCCAGGGUGUGAAUACAAAAUUGAUUUAUAAUAGGAAUUUUAGUUCUGAUGUAAGUCCGAUUGUCUAUAUUUAUGGCGUAUGUUUUGGCAACAGCAAGAAGAAGUCGGCCAGGGCUGGGUACGGUGUGUGGUGGGGCGAAGACCAUCAUCUAAAUUUCAGUGCACGGUUGAAUGGCAUCAAGACGAACUUGAGAGCCGAAAUUGCAGCAGCUAAUUUAUGCUUAAAACAAGCUGCAGAUCGUCGUCUAAAAUCUUUGACGAUCAGAACCAAUUCCGAGUUCGUAUUCAACUGCGCUACGAAAUGGAUACCUGGUUGGGUAAAAUCUAACUGGAUCAAAACCGAUGGCAAAAUAGUUACACAUAAACCAGAAUUCAUGGCCAUGAUCCAGUAUAUGAAGACAGUUGAAGUACACUGGGAGCGUGUGAAAGAACGAGAGGGUAUUCGUGGUUAUAAAAUGGCAAAGGGAUUGGCUUCACUUGGUGCUACCAUGUAA